AUGGCGCAUGCGGAGUGUCAAAGCAAGAACCGUGAGUACACCAGCCUGGGUUGCUGGUGGGACCGACACGACCGCGCCAUCCCGACACUAGAGGGGACAGACGCACGACUCGACGGCAGCUACAGCACGCGCUCCAACGCCAUCGAGAAGUGUUAUAGCGUAGCACUGUCUCGGGGUUUCGCCGUGUUUGCUGUACAAAAUGGGGGGCAGUGUUUCGGUUCAACUGCGCUUGACACCUACAACAAGUGGGGAGCCUCCACUGACUGUAACGACGACGGUGAGGGCGGGCUGUGGUCGAAUGAAGUCUACAGACUCGCAGCUGCAUGGCUGCCUCUGGACCCGUCGUGGGUUGUAGACUCCUCCGGUACGCCGAGCGUGUUCAAAGGAGUGACGUACGACGCCGCAAAAGCCCUGGACGGCAGCACCGGAACCUACUGGAACCCGCAAACUGACGAGAACUACCUGUACAACAACUGGUACAUCGUGUUGAAUCUAACCCAGCCGCACGCUCUACACCGCAUCGCAGUCAACAACUACGGAGACAGCACACACGAUAUAGCGGCAUUCACAUUAGAAAAGUCGCUCAGUGGGAGUCCCUACGACUGGAAGGACGUCGUGUCCGUUACUGAUGUGCGGAAUGGGACAAGUGAGCGGCAGGAUUUCGGCGGUUUCCAGGGAACAGCGCAGCACUGGAGAUUUGUGGUUACCCGCACUCACUCGGGCUGGCAGCCGUGGCUGAGGGAGCUGGACCUGUACGGAGUUGCAUCGGACCUGCCGGGAUGUGAGGACGACCCGUGUCAACACGGGGCCACCUGCAGGGAUGUUGACGGCGGAUACGACUGUAGCUGCGCUGCUGGCUAUGGUGGCCUCAACUGCGAAAUCGACCUUGACGAGUGUGCGUCUAACCCGUGCCAGAAUGGAGCGGAGUGCACUGAUCAAGUCAACGGGUACACCUGCGUCUGUCCGCCCGGGUUAGAUGGCGUGCAUUGCGAAAACGGUUGCGGCGGCUUAAUGAAAUCUCCAAACGGAACCUUUAAGAGCCCAGGACAUCCCCGGAACUAUGAUAAUAACCUGGACUGUGUUUGGACCAUCACUGUUGACCCUGGGGAGCGGGUCUUCCUCUCAUUCUUCAACUUUCACCUGGAGGUUGCCAAUGACUGCAAAUACGACAACGUCAAGGUGAACGACAGCCAGGGUGACUCUGUGGUUGAACUCGGUACCUGGUGCGGGACUAACAUCCCCGCGCUGUUCACGUCAACCAACAACACCAUCUCAGUCCUCUUCCACUCGGACCGUUCGGAUGUGUUUCCCGGCUUCCUGGCAAAGUGGUCCAUAGAAAACGCUGACAACUGUGGGACUAACCCAUGCCAGAAUGGAGGAUCCUGUCUUGAUCAAGUCGAUGGGUACAGGUGUGCCUGUACUCUUGGGUUCGAAGGCAUGCACUGUGAGGAGGAGUCAGAUUGCGGUGGAUUGAUCACCACUGGGCAAAGCGGGACGAUAAAGAGCCCCGGAUAUCCAGAUAACUACGCGACAAACUUGGACUGCGUCUGGGUCAUCAACCUCCACCCUCGGCAGCGGGUUCACCUGUCAUUCGUCAACUUUGUCUUAGAGGACGAUUCAGACUGCGAUUACGACAACCUCAAGGUGCAAGACGGUGACGGUCGGGGCGACUCCGCCGUAGACUUGGGCACGUGGUGCGGGAGCGACGCGCCUCCGCCGCUGAAAUCCACCAACAGCACCCUGACCAUCACCUUCCACUCGGACUACAGCGAGGUGUUCGCCGGCUUCUUUGCCACCUGGUUCACGGAACAGUUACCGACCGAGCCGCUGACAUCCACGCCCCAGCCGCCGACAUCCACGCCCCAGCCGCCGACAUCCACGCCCCAGCCGCCGACAUCCACGCCCCAGCCGACGACAUCCACGCCCCAACCGACAACGUCCACGCCCCAACCGAAAACAUCCACGCCCCAGCCGACAACAUCCACGCCCCAGCCGACAACAUCCACGCCCCAACCGCCGACAUCCACAACAGCCAAUAUCGCAUAUAAUGAAACAUCCCCUGCUGUGGAAGUUACAAGUGCGAUUCUCGGAGCUGUCCCUACUCCUACCACAGAACCCGUCUUCACGGCACCGCAGAACCACACUUAUCCAGGUCUAACAAAUUCAACCACACAAGUUCAUCUCAAUAACACGUCGUUGAAAGUGUCACCAAUGGUAGGAACACAUGGCGACAUGAAUUCAACAAGAUUGAACACUCCAACAAUGCCAACUGCUUUAAACUUGACAACAUGGAACAUGUCGACAGUGGCAAGAACGCCAACUGCAGAUUUCAAUGCAACGAGAGCUAGUCGUUCAACGUUUCGAAGAACGCCAGCUGCUUUUAAUACUACCAGAUGGAAUUUUACAACGGUAGCAACAGCAACACGAAUAUCCUCUGGCACAACAUCUGCCAACAUCGCUGAUGUCGACGAAUGUGCAACUGGGACUCACACCUGCCGGCGAGACGAGCUGUGCGUCAACACGGACGGGUCCUUCGCGUGUGCCUCCUGCUAUCCUGACGUCACUCUACAAGGGGGAGGGGAUUCCCCUUGGUCUGCUCCUGACGUCAAGCGACGCAAGCCCCUGACUGUACGAAGUGACGUCACGGUGGAUUGUGAAGAGGAGUUUGCCCUCAGCUUCUUGUGGGCGGUUUACCUCAUGGAUGACUUCGCCCUCAUCCCUAUCAGCCUCCCUGCCAGAGUUCUAACCACGGCGUCUGAGCUCACCGUGCCGAGGAACACCCUACCGUACGGCAGGAUCGUCACCGGGUUAGAGGUCGUCGUCAUGGAGACCGAGAGCGGGCUGAGCGUGGCGCGAAAGACGGCGCAGUGGCUGACGGUCAAGGCGUCUCCUCUGGUGGCGCACAUCGCGGGAGGGUCGGCGAGAUCCGUGGAUCUGGGGUCCGACGUCGUCGUCGACGCGUCGACGUCGUACGACCCUGACGCUGUGGUAGCGAAUUCGACGUUACUGACGUACAGCUGGUCUUGUGAAACAAAGUCAGGCACCUCGUGCGAUGAAGUGUUCGGAAACAGCACUGAUCAGCAGUCUUACGUCAUUUCCGCCGCACUGAUGCCUCCAUACGAACCGGAAGUGACGUUGACGGUGCAGGUGGGGUACCGGGAACGAGAUCCCGGCCAGUACAGCCAGACCCUGCAGAUCUUCCCCGCUGGAUCUCCCACCGUGCAGAUCAGAUGUUUGAGCAACUGUGAGACGAAGCUGAACCCCUCGGAGCGGCUGGUGCUCAGCUCGACGUACUCCUGCGCCAGCUGUGGGGACGACGAGCCAGUCCGGUACAACUGGACCCUCCGGGCAGCGCCGCCGGACUUCGGGCGGGACGACCUGCGCUGGGGCGCCGACACCACCACGGGGAGGCACCUGGCGGACGUCGUCGUGCAGGCCGGCGUCUUCAAGGCAAUAGGAGACUACACACUGAGAGUAGCGGUGUCCCUGGGUCCCGACAGAGAAGGCUUUGCGGAGUACACCUUCCAGCCGAACGAUCCGCCGACCGUAGGAAGCUGCAGCGUCUCUCCGGAAAACGGAACCGCGAUGGUUACGGAGUUUACUAUAUCCUGCGCAGGCUUCUCCGACGCUGACCUUCCCCUGACCUACACGUUCCUGUACAGUACUGGCGCCGAGAGGCUGGCCUCCGUCUCCACGGCAACGGGUGACGUCUUCUCCGUCCUGCACACCGGACAGGAUUCCGAACUGUCGGGACUUCUGCUGCCCAUUGGCUUAGAGUCACGUGAUUAUGAGGUCACCAUCCGUGCGGACGUGUAUGACGGUCUGGGGGCGACGUCUUCCGUCGAGACGGCGGUGAAGGUUUUCAGCCUUCCCCCAGAGGAGUCCACUAACGUAGCAACACAGUUGGUGGUGGGAGCGAACAGCACCCUGGGUAAGCUCGUACGUCAGGGAGACUUCCGGUCUGUGGUGCAACUGUCCAACAGCGUCACAUCCGUGCUAAACUCCGUUUCUAACGCAACUGCGGAGGACAAAAAGGCUGCAUCAACUGAGGCGCGUGACGCGGUCGUCUCGGCGCUGACGAGUGUCCAGGCAAUGAGUGUGACGUCAGUGAACCUGGUGGCCAACGCGCUGGGACAGGCGACCAGCGUCACGGCGGAGGUGUCUACGGAUUCACAGGUUGCGGCUGCGGACUCGCUGAAGAACAUGGCAACUUUUCUGCAGUCUGUUCCCGCGGAAGACCUCGGCGCCACAAAAAUGGAGGAGUCCGCCAAGUUCAUGAUGACAGCUGUCAUCAAUGUCCUUGAAGGAUCCGUGACAACUGCAGAGAAGGUCAAAGGUGAGGACGAUUCUUCAGGACAGCUUGAAAAGACCGAAAACGCGACAAAGGCCAUAUUUGACACCGUGAACGUUAUGAACGAGCUCGUCCUGACACGGAAACGGCCGAACGAGAGCCCCACCGUGAUCGUGCAGGGCUCGUUUGAACUGGCGCUACAGAAGCAGAGCUGUGGGGAUAUGGGGGAGCAGAUCGUCCGGACCUCGGACCGCGGAGGAACAUGGUUCCGGAUUCCGGACGCGUCCGUGCUGUUCGGGAGUUCUUGUCCCGAAACCGGCGUUGGGUUCGAGAACUACCAGACGACGCUGAACCCGUACUCCUACGCCAGGAACUCGGACCAGAUCAAGACCACGGUCGCGUCGCUGCAGUUCAGGAGUGACGCGGGAACCCUGGAGGUCAACGACCUGCAGAAGAGGAUCGAUGUCGUCACCAGUCGGAAGGACGGCAGCGUGCAGGUCCUGACGCAGCGGGGAGCCACCGUGCCGUCAGGACAGGACGCCAUGUUGGUGCACGAGUUUAACCUGACGGACAGCGACAGCUCCGUCCUCAUCUCCGUGACCCUUGACCCUCCCGACGUGCCAGUCCGCCUGUACCUCCGCAGUCACCUCCCGCCCUCCCGCGACGUCUUCAACUUAACCACGACGCUUCCGCUGGACGAGAACAAGCUGUACUCCAUACCACUGGGCAACAACACCGAGAUAAGCGCUGACCCAUACCAGUGGCUGGUGCCUGCCGAAUCUUUGAGGGGAAACGACGGAAAACGAUACUUUGUCGGUGUUGAACACGUUCCAUACAAUAGCACAGAGUCAGGUCCUCACCGCGCGAAUCUUGACAACUCGACAGAACGAGUGUACGGAGACGACGACUUCUUCUUGAACUACACCAUCAGGAUCUUCACAUCAAAAUGCCUCUUCUUUGAUACCACGGAGCAACUAUGGAAGUCUGAUGGUUGUGAGAUCGGCCCCCUGACGACAGAAACAGUGACCCACUGCCUGUGUAACCACCUGACGGCGUUCGGCUCCGACCUGCAGUUCUUCGUGGCGCCGAACUCUCUGAACAUCCUGGCGGCUCUGGAGGGGUUUAAGGACAUCAGUUCCAACCCGGGGGUGGUCAUCACUAUCGCUGUGGUAGUCGGCAUAUAUCUUCUGUUUGUGAUCUGGGCACGGAGGGAAGACAGGAAGGACGCCACUAAGAUUGGUGCUACAGUGCUGGGUGGUGCAGACGGUCGCAGUCAUGUGUACCAAGUCCUGGUGUUCACAGGGGCGAGGGCAGACGCCAGUACAUCCGCUAAGGUGUCCAUCAUUCUCCACGGGGAGUACGGCACAUCCGGGCCACACACGUUGGAAGAUUCCACGCGAGUCACCUUCAAGGAGGGAGGGGUGGACACGUUCGUGGUGACGUCACACCGGUCGCUGGGUGUCCUCAUGGCCCUGCAUGUCUGGCACGACAACCUGGGAUAUGAUCCGUCCUGGUUUCUGGACAAGAUCCUCAUCACCGACACCCAGGAUGAUUCCGUGACAACUUUCCUUUGCAACAGAUGGUUGGCUGUGGAAGAGGACGAUGGGAGAGUUGACCGGGUAUUGGUAGCGGCAACGGAUGAGGAACUGACCAAGUUCAGCACUUUGUUCUCCAGCAAAAUGUCUAAAAACAUACGAGACGGUCAUCUGUGGUUCUCCGUGGUAGGAAGACCUGCAACAAGCCCGUUCACCCGAGUGCAGCGCGCGUCCUGCUGCCUGUCGCUGCUGCUCUGCUCCAUGAUCGUCAACAUCAUGUUCUUCGGCAGGGGAGGAGCCUUCCAGCGGCCGUCCCCUGUCUCCGUCCUGGGGUUCGCGAUACAGAUCCCCGUCAACUGGGAACAGGUCAUCAUCGGCAUACAGAGCGCUCUCAUCGUGUUCCCCGUGAACCUGGCCAUCGUGCAGAUAUUCCGGUACUGCAGACCGAGGGGGGCGAAAGUUAAACCUGCAGCUCCUAACGCGACUGGUAAGGUAAACCAAAGUUCGCGUCCCGAUACAUCGAGCUACAUCAAGGACUUUACACCAAUACGACCCUCCACGUCCCAACUGUACGGGGUUCGGAGACAGAGUUUGUUCGCAGACUCGGGAUAUGACGAGAACGUGACUGACGUCAGCACUGGCCAGGAGCGUCAGAGUUACGCGAGAGUUGGAAGUUCUCGCGAGGGAAGUAGAAGAAGCUUGCGUGACGCAAAGGGCGAUCCUGGUUCUUCGGUGUUUGAAAUGUCGACCGGUCGAAAUGCUAAAAAUAAGAGGAAACGCCUACUUCCCUGGUGGUGUGUUUACAUCGGUUGGUUGCUGCUGCUGUGCACGUGCUCCCUGUCUGCCUUCUUUACCAUGCUGUACGGGUUCGAGUACGGGCGGGAGAAGGCCGAGGCGUGGAUAUUCACCUUCCUCACGUCUUUCUUCUUCGACCUGAUCAUCACGCAGCCGCUCAAGAUCUUCCUGCUUGCGUUUUUCUUUGCUCUUCUAAUCAAGAAACCCGACCAUGCCGACGAGGAAGUACCGCCUCCAACACCUGUGCAGGAGGAUGAAGAGUAUCUUGGACUAUACCAUUUGGCUGCCAGUAAGGUGUCGUCCAAAGCGCGCGGCAAGGUCGGCCCUCCCGACGCCGGCGAGCUGCAGACUGCCCGGGAGAGGCGGUACGUUGAGGUGGGGCUGCGCUCUGCUCUGUACGACGCCUGCUUCUACUUCGUCUACGUCGCCUUGCUGCUGGUCGUGGCCAACGGCAACAGGGACACCUCCAUGUUUCAUCUGACUCGGCAUCUGCACGGCACUUUUGACGAGUCAUUUUCAGAGGUGACUGACGCCGAGUCCCUGUGGGCGUUCUUGAGGGAGAGUGUGAUUGCAGAGACGCAUGCGCACCAGUGGUACAACGAUGACGUGUUUUCCCACCGAGGGUUCCUGCAGGACAGCACGUCUUUUGUCGUGGGGAACGUCAGGCUCAGACAACUUCGCACAAAGACAAACGACAGCUGUGGUAUCCCACGAAGCUUUGCGGGAAUCCUGGAUGACUGUGACAAGUCGUACGACCUUUGGAGCGCUGAUGACGUCAGCCAUGACGUAGGAUGGAGGGCGCUGACGGAAGAUCAGAAUGGGACCGAAACACCGACAGAGUUGCAGCCUUGGCAGUAUAACUUUGCGUCCCUUAGCGUGGCCAGUCCCCUAUACGGUCUGUUUUCUGCCUACUAUGACGGCGGGUACAUCGCGGACCUACCGGGUGACAUGGAUGCCGAUUUGGCGACCGUAGAGACGCUUGAGCAGCUCGGCUGGAUAGACGACAACACCCGCGCCGUUAUCAUCGAGAUGAUCGUCUACAACCCAAACGCCAACCUGUUCUCCACAGUCGAGCUAAUGACAGAGUUCUCCACUAUUGGGAAGGCUUUUCCUAAAACACAGGUGACGACCGUGCGGCUGUACCAGUACGUCACGGACUGGGGUUACGUCAUGAUCGCCUUCCAGAUCGCCUUCAUCCUGGUCACGCUCGUCUUCUGCUUCAGAGAGCUGAAAAACAUCUUCAACUUGCAGAAGGAGUAUUUUAAGAUGUUCUGGAAAGUCGUGGAGUUGACGGUGUGCCUGAUGUCCCUGGCAUCUAUCGGCGUGCAGCUGUACGCGUUCUACCUCGUGUCGGAGUUCAACUCCGUGCACGAGGGGAAACCUGUGGAGACACGAUUUAUAAAGUACAAGCAGAUCGGGAGCUGGCUGCAGACGGACACGUACCUGCUGGCUUGGCUGGUGUGCGUGGCCAGCCUCAAGCUGCUGCACCUCCUGCGCUUCAACAAGCACGUCGAGCGGGGCGCCAGGAUGGCCAGCGCUGCCGCCAAGCCCCUCGGGCACUUCUUCCUCGUCUUCUUCUCCACCUUCUCCGCCUUCUGCAUGAUCGCGUACCUGAUCCUCGGUACCAGCGUGGAGGGGUUCGGCACGUACGUCAGCGUCAUGGAGACCAUGAUGGCCACGAUGAUGGGGGAGUUCGAUUACUACGUCAUCCAGGACCACCACUGGCUGCUGGGACCUGCGGUGUUCUUCUUCUACCUCCUGAUCUGCAACAACGGCAUGGUGUUCAUGUUCCUCACCAUCUUCAACGAGGCGAGGAAGGAGGUCAGCUUCAGGGAGAGGCACGAGGACAAGUCGGAGAACAGGAAGAUCGCGGAGCUGGCGGAGCGGCGGCUGAGAACAUUUGUGGCGAACGUCUCGUCCAAAGUGACGAGGAAGAGCGGAGAUAGAGUCAAAGAUUUGAGCAAAGAAGACCAUGGGAUGUUGUCGCGCACUUGGGGCUCUGGCAAAGGUAGCCAGAUUAGUCAAAUUAUCAAAUAGGAAACAUUGCCAAAAUUUAAUCAACUAGUAAAAACACAGUGAAAGAUAUUAUUUUAUGAAUCAAAGGCAAUUACUGUCAGGGGAGGUCGGACGUUGCUACAUACAUGUAAAUCGAAAUUUCCAAAAAAAGGUUGAGUGAUCAUUUUUAGUUAACGCACAAAAAGUAAGUCUGCUAUGACUUUAGGAUAUACCGAGCAGCUAUGAUGUCCAUACUAGCUGUAGCAAAUUAAAACAAGCCACAUCCUGUUAGUAUGUUUGUCUGUGUGUAUUCAUGUAUGUAUGUGUGUAAUUAUAUUUUAAGUGAUCACCUCAGUGCGAGCACUGAAUGAUUAUCAUAUCAGCAUGAUGUUGUAAGUAACCAAAAUAUUCCUAUGAUUAUCCCUAUCUUUCAUUCUAUGACUUUGAAUUUGUAUAUACAUUGUCUCAAAUGUUUUAUAUUUUAUAUAACAUUGUCAUCAAAGCCGUCCAGACAGCAGUUCCAAGGAUGUGUAUAUAUGAUGUAAGAAAGGACAAAACAUAUUAAAUGUGAUAUUAUGCUAGAAAUGUAUCCCUAAUUCUUAUAGGCGAGACAGAUUGGUGUAUUUUCAAAGACGAGAUAUGUAACGCGGAAAAUCCUCAGAUUAGAUACACCAGACAAAAAUAGUAAAAAGAAGUCAUUUGAAUAUAGUAGUAUAUCUGACUGGAACCUAUUAACACAAUUAACGUUAAAACACAGCAGCUAAUGAAACACAAAUGAAGCUAGACAAAUAGAACAUGGUUAUAUGAUACGGCACAUGCGGUUUUUAAUAUGUUAGGAUAUGACACAUGGGGUUUGAUGAUUGUUAUUGUAAAUUAUAAAAUAUUGUAUGCUAUAUUAUGCUGUAAAUAUUGUUUGUGUAUAGUUACUCCUGGAAGAGUAGCUGUCACAUUUUACACUUGACAGCUACUGCUAAUAUUCUUAAAUUUAAUACAUCAAACUAAUACUGUAUGAUACAGAAACACGUCAGCAAGGACAGUUUAUUGUGAGUCGUACUCUGAUGUUUGUCUUGUUGGCGAGGAUUUGCACCUGGAUACUCUUACUGUUUUACUGGGAGACUCGUCUGCAGUUAAGUUGACUUUCGGAAGGGGGUGCCAAUAGUCAAUACGUGUAAGGAUCAUUUAGAAUCGUCAAAUAUCUUGUACUCUUAGGUAAGAAAAUACUCUUUGCUUGUGUGUGUGUGUGUGUUUGCAUAUACUCUGGGUGCUUAUGCUUUAAGGCAUACGAUAGUUAAUAGCUUUAAAAAUGACACUCCGAUACGAUGGUCGGUAAUAUGUAGCAAUGCCCAACAGUGGCACUCCAUGUUACACAGAGGCUCAUUUAUUCAUUAAUUCGAACUAAAUUUUCUAAAGUACAGUGUUUUCCAGAGACUAACAACACGAUGAUCAGUGUAUGCG